ACCCAAUCAGUUCUCUACUUUUCAUUAAAGCUUGGUUUUUAAGUUAGCAAAUGUGUAAAUGUGUGAGUGAGAGAAAAAGAAGAUAAGUGAGAGAGAGAGAGGGAGAGAGAGAUAUAGAGAGAAAUGAAGUUCUUGUUUCAGUGUCCAUGUUGUUCUUGCUUCUGCUUCAUGAAACCAAAGCAGGGCAAACCAAAAGCUGUGGGAGAUACAAAACCAAAGGAAGAGAAGAAGAAAGAGGUGAAGAAAGAGGAGAUCAAGAAAGAGGAGAAGAAAGAAGAGGUCAAGAAAGAAGAGAAGAAGGAGACCAAAGCUGAAAAGGCCGAGUGAAGUGAAAACAGACUACAUUGAAAAAGAAAAUGUAAUUAAUUAUCAUCCCAUUUUCAUCUUUAAUUUCUAUGCUAUUUGAUGAUUAUGAAUUUGCUCAGGUAAUAAUAACAUGUAUUUUUUUAUGGUUUAGUUACUUAUAUAUUAUAUCAAUGUGGCUUGUUUGGAUUUACU